GUUUCUUUUACGGAUAAAGUGGGAAAAUAGAGCGCCGACUGGUCUUUUGGGCCGAAGACAACCGCGGGCUCUCCAAAGAUCAGAAGGGCAAAAAAAAAAAACUUACUUCUUUGCUGCACUGCCGCCAGUCUCUCUUUUCGAAGUAGCAGUCGUUCAUUUUCGUCUGCUCGACUGUCUACCUGUCAGAUCCUUGCCUACUGCUGAAUACGCUGCCCCGACGUGGGAAGCAGCCGGAGUUUUUCCUCACCUGAACAGCCUGUGCUGAAGAUCCGCUUGUCCCUACCAUCCGGCUAUCAGCAUCACCCGCAUCCGUGGGGCUGUCGAGGGGCAUACCAGUCAUCAGGUUCAUCGUCGUCCUCAACCGGGACUAUUCUCGCUUUGUCGUCGACCUUGGACAUCUUGAUACCCUCUCUCUCCUCUCUUUUCCCUAGGGGAUUGAAGCAGGUGAGACCGAAAAGAGAUUUUCGCCGGCAAAUUCUUCCGCGGAGGUCCAAAACUAUGGCCGCCACCUCGACGACCACUUCGACCAAACGGCUCAACAUCCUGGUCUAUUCCGGGAAUGGGACCACUGUGGAUUCUGUCCGCCAAUGUCUGUUUUCACUUCGUCGCCUUUUGGCACCGAAUUAUGCUGUUAUACCCGUGACGGGUGAGAUGAUCAUCAAUGAGCCAUGGACGUCGAGCUGUGCUCUCUUUGUCAUGCCUGGUGGUGCCGAUCUGCCGUAUUGCAGGACCCUGAACGGCACUGGGAACCGGCGGAUUAGCCAGUUCGUUCAUCGAGGCGGCGCAUAUCUAGGAUUCUGCGCAGGCGGCUACUAUGGAAGUAAGCGUUGCGAGUUUGAAGUCAGAAAUGAGAAGCUCGAGGUUGUCGGUGAUAGGGAGUUGGCUUUCUAUCCCGGAAUCUGUCGCGGUUGCGCAUUUCCAGGGUUUGUCUACAAUAGCGAGGAUGGCGCCAGAGCUUCUGAGUUACAAGUGUCGAAAUCCUCGUUCCCUGACGAAAAACAUAUCCCGCCCUCGUUCAAGUCCUACUAUAACGGUGGAGGCGUCUUCGUUGAUGCUCCAAAAUUCGCCCAUCAAGGCGUCGAGGUCCUUGCGGACUACACUGAAUCGCUCAAAGUCGAUUCGGGAGAAGGCCAUGCAGCAGUCGUUUAUUGCCGGGUCGGCGAAGGUGCUGCCGUAUUAACAGGACCACACCCAGAGUUUGUAUCCUUAAAUGCCAAUGUUUCCGUGGAUAGGCCUCAACUAACCGCUCUUAGAUUUGCGGCGUCCAACUUGGAUAGAAACGCAGAUGGCCCGGAAUUCUGCCACGUCAUUGAUACUCUAGCUCAGAAUGAUGAAGCGAGAACCGAAUUCCUGCGAGCUUGUCUGAAGAAGCUUGGGCUCCAUGUGAACGAUGAAACAACAAGGGUACCUCCUCUUUCUCGAAUGCAUCUUUCUGCCCUGGAGCCACAUGCUGCUACGGACCUUGUCUCACUGCUUCGAGAUAUUAUCACGGUGGAAGAUGGGGAAGAGUACAUUAAAGAUGACAAUGACACCUUCCAUCUAGAAAAACCGUCUUCGCUGAGUAUGGACAAGGUUGCCGAAGCGCUCCCCGGCUCCAUCGAAGCAAAGGCUGACCAGGACUCGACGGGUGAUAGAAUUGUCGACUAUGACAAGGUUAUAAAAAAAGUCGCUAUUCAUGAAGAUUAUCCCUCUCCGGUCGAAACCCCGCGAUUUAACCAUCAGACUUUCUACGGUAUGAUUAAGGAAUAUAGAUCGCAGUCGAGGGAACGUCUCUCGGAGUUCGGUUCGCACGUCUUAUAUGCGGAAGUUGUUACGAGUACGAACACUUUACUGGAGAAGAACACACAAAUCCUGCGAAGACUUCCAAACGGGUUUAUGGCAACGGCAAAUGUCCAAGUCGCUGGUCGCGGUCGCGGCUCCAACGUCUGGGUGUCUCCACCGGGACAGCUCAUGUUUUCAAUAUGCAUCCGUCAUCCAGUUGAGAAAUUCGCAAGUGCUCCAGUCGUUUUCAUCCAAUAUCUCGUCGCAAUGGCCAUCGUCAAAGGCAUCAAAACCUACGAUAAGGGAUACGAAAACAUGCCCGUGAAACUAAAAUGGCCAAACGACAUCUACGCUCUCGACCCCUCCCAACCUGACAAAAUGACCUACACCAAAAUCGCCGGCAUCCUAGUCAACGCCCACUUCUCCUCCAAAGAAUACAUCGCCGUCGCCGGUGCCGGCAUCAACGCCCUCAACGCGCUCCCAACCACGUCUCUUAACGCCAUCCUCGCCACCCUCAACUCUUCUCUCCCCGCCAACAAACCCCGCCUCCCCCCGCUCUCCCUCGAGAAACUCCUCGCACGCAUCCUCACUACCCUGGAAGAGCUCUACACCCGCUUCCUUCGCACCGGCUUCGACCAGACCUUUGAAGAUAUGUACUACGCGGACUGGCUGCAUAUGGAUCAGAUAGUGACGCUGGAGGCUGAAGGGGAUGUGCGGGCGAGGAUCAAGGGGAUUACGAGGGAUUAUGGGUUGUUGGUGGCGGAGGAGUUAGGGUGGGAGGAUCGGCCGACGGGGAGAAGGUGGGAGCUGCAGAGUGAUAGUAAUAGCUUUGAUUUUUUCAAGGGGUUGGUGAAGAGGAAGAUUUAAUGAGAGAGAGGGACAAAGCUAUUAUUGUUGACUCUGGAUUACGGGGAAUCGAGAUGAUUGCGGAUGAUCCGGGUUCCAUUCGAUGAUAAGUAUAUCCAAUCUACAUAAAAAGGCGGUUUAACAGGAUUUUUCCGUUUCAUCUCACUUUUUUUUCUUCUUUGUUAUUUUCCUCUAUCCUCGUAGUGAAACAUGCGAAAUAGCCAACUCCACACACCAACCAGUGUCAAGAUAACUAAGAGGAUAGAAGCAAAAC